AUACGCGCGGCGCGGCAGAAACCGGACUGGACGCGACGGACGUCGAAUUUUCGGACGCUCAAGUCUCGUCUACUUCUCGGCUGACGGAGGGCCAUGCUGCACAACUGGCCUUGCGAAAUCCGCAGCUCGGCGCCGUUGCCGGGCCCGCUGACGAAGGAGCGGUCCCGCGCCGACCCGGGAGGGAAAAGCGCGCAGCUGUCGCCGGCCGAGGCGGACCGGAGGAAGCGAAGGCGCGAGAACAACAAGGCGGCGGCCGCCAAAUGCCGCAAGAAGAAGAAAGACAGGACGGAAUAUUUGAUGCAGGAAUCGGAGAAGCUGGAGAGCGUGAACGUGGACCUGAAGGCCCAGAUCAAAUCUCUGAACCAGCAGAAGCAACAGCUAUCCCACAUGCUGAACCAGCACCGGCCCACCUGCAUCGUCAGGGCCCAGAACGGGCGAACUCCCGACGACGAGAGCGACCCGCUGGUGCGCCGGCUCCUGCGAAGCGCCGUCGUGUCGGAAGGCGACGGCUCCGUCUCGGCCGACGCCGGCGAGCCGGGCCUCGGUCUAGACCGGCUGUGCUGGUCGCUUUCCGUGUGAGCGGCUCCAAAGUAUCGGAACACUACCGAGGCUGGCCGGGCCCUCCGCGCCGCUAGGGGCGGCCGCCGUCCCGCCCCGCUUCGACCCAAAGCUGCUGAACAACUUCUAAGGCCCUGCCAAAGUACUUGACCCGUGGCCCCCCCCCCUCGUGUGCACAAGAUGGCGCUUCGACUGUUCCGGCGCUGCUUCCUAACACUCCUUAGCCACGCGCAAAGAAGCUAAUCCUAUCAGUCUGCGCCUCGCAAAAAAGGGCAGGGGCCCGUCUGAGCUUACAUCACAAGGAAGCGCCGACAAUGAUCGUGAUGUAAACGUAUUCCUAAACAUUUCUCAGAUUUGCACUUUCACAAAGUACCCUAAUUCUCGCGCUUAAGUCACUGGCCUACCUUCCAUUAGCUUGUUACGUAAACCUGAUAGCAAGACAAAGGGACACUGAAAGGGAUCCAAAUCAACAGGAAGUGACCUGAUUUCAACAGGAAGUGACACCAAAAUGCCCUCCAAUCAUCAGGAAGUGACCCUGAAAUGUCCCAUGAUGACCAGGAAAUGAUCCGAUUUCAACAGGAAGUGACCUCAAAAUGCCCCAAAACAACAGGAAGUCAUCUGAUGUCAACAGGAAGUGACCCUGAAAUGUCCCCAAAUCGACAGGAAAUGAUCUGAUGUCACCAGCAAGUGACCCCCAAAUCAACAGGAAGUGAUCUGAUGUCAACAGGAAGUGACCUUAAAAUGCCCACUUGUUACGUAAAUGUAUUCCUAAAUAGAGGUCGGCCGAUAUGGGGAUUUGCAAAAGUUGAAGUCAAUAUCUACAGCAGAUUUUGUGGUGCCGAUAUAAUUGUUUUUGAACGUACGUGGCUUAUGAAAGGCAAGAUAAACUUGUCUCUUUUCUUUUUUCAACUUUAUUUGUAUAUCCCCUAAAAAAGUCAGCAGCAAUAUUGCACAACAAACAAUGAUAAAGCCUUAAGGUCCCAAAGCUAUCGUUUUUCUUGGGGAGCGCCUACAAAGCUCAACAGCAAUAUUACACGAUGAAACAAAAUUAUUUUUUGGGGCCUUUUAAAAAAUAAAAAAACAUACUAGCAUUGCGAUCAACUGGUAGAUCACGAUCGACGUCAUGAGCACCCCCGCAUUCAUAAAUGUACCCAAAAAAUUCAGCUACUUCCUUUUGUUACACUAGCCACUAGAUGGUGCAAAAUCACAAUAAACAUCACCCAGACAACAUGACAGUUAUCCAACUAUAUCGGCCAACCUUUAUAUGGAAUAUAUUCACGGACGCAAUGAACAUAAGUUAUCUCAGUAUGGAAAAAAAGACAUAUAUUUAUUCCUAAACAUCUCCCAGAUUUGCACUUUCUCAAUUUCUGUAGAGUUCUCGUGCUUAAAAAUCACCGGCUGACAAGCUUCCGCUAACUUGCGUUGACGGGGGCGUGGUUAAGGAUAGCGAUGAACCACAGCGUUUGCAAAGGCGCCCCCGUCGACCACUUGUCUAACUCUUUCAACGCCAUUAACGACGCAAGGCGUCCAAUCGCCCUCCUGCCGUUUCUCCAGUUGACUUUGAAGGGGGGAGCCGACGAACGUCACGCCGAAAAAGAAAUCCGACGUCUAUCGCCGUCCGUGUUUUUCCACUCCUCGGCCGGACAUCAGUUCGGACCGGUGGCAGCGAACGAGUUCAUCGUUUGUAUUCACUUUAUUUAUUUUUUACAUUUUUGAAUAAAAUCUGUUCAAAAGAAAAAAAAAGGUCUUUUAAUUCACGCUUCCCAAAGCCUAUUCCCAUUCGGUCUUUCCCACGUACGCCGCGCAACAGGCGUCGCCGCGGACCUCCCGCCGGGGGCGCGGCGAGGGCGGAGCUUCUUCCCAAUCUACCUCCGGCAGACCGGGCUUAAAGUCCGCCGCCAGCCGUAAGCCUCGGGCCUGAUUCCGCAGCGUGUCCAGGGACUGCAAAAGACACGCGGCGGUCGGUCGGUCAGUCACGACGGGUAUGGGUUUUUUUCGGCGGCGGUUUAUACCUCCAUGAGUUGCGCUCUUUGAUUGGCCAGGCCGGACGCUCGCUCUGCCAAAUCCUUCAUGGCGUUCUCUGAUGGCAAGAUGCAAAAAAAAAAAAAAAAAAAAAAAGAAAAAAAAAAGGGAAAUCAUUGGCUGUCAUUGACAACGCAAGAAGUCCAACCCAUUUGGAAUGGGAAGGGCGAAUGAAUGUCAAGAAGAGCAUUGAAAAGCAGUCCACCCAGUUUCAAUGCCGCACAGAUGCUAUUUUUAGACCGUGACGUCGCCAUCCUAACACGGAAGUGGGUCAUUAUAGACACGCCCUCGCACACGAUCCAUGUUAUUUCUGCUCGUUUUAAUCUUUCGAAAAAGAACAUUCCGAUCAAACACUGCUGCUAUGGAACUCUUAGAAACACACGACGACAGUGAAGGACGUUUUCUUCAUACCUUUCCCGAAACCAAACGCUCGCAGGAAAAAAUGGGAAGAAUAGAUCAAGUUGAGCGGACGUCCAAAAGACCAGUUUUAACGCCAGCGAGGUGAAGCCAUUCACAUUUCAUAAGCAGUAAACAUUUCGUUGGGGGCCAUUGUUCGACAAAGGACGAAGAGGUAAGCCAUUUUGAUAUUUUAUUUUUUUAGCGUGGCGUUUUGCCGUGCCGCCUCUGUCUGACAAUAAGGCUACGUUCAUUCUACAGGUCUUAAAGCACGAAUCCGAUUUUUUGUCAUAUCUGUUUUUUUUGGCGUGACCGUUCAGACUGCCUUUGUCCAUUGAGACCAUUCAAGUAUUACGCAUGCGCACUAAUUCGCAGUCCGACCCGCAUGUGCAGAAGCAUCAAAACAAAUGACCACACAUGCUGGCUGUCAUCCGUCAUUCCAGGGAUAUCAUAUUUUGCUUUUUAAAAAGAGGACACAAAUAACAGACAUAAAUAAUCCCAGUUUAAGCGCAUAUUCAAAGUAUAUGGAUCGAUAGCAUGCACGCACUGUCCGUGCAUGUCACGCACACAUACGCGCAGUUUGCCCCGACUCUUGGCCGUGUAAGCAAUGUUGAAAUAUUGCUCAUAUGGAGCAGACAGAAAACCGAUCAUUCUCAGGCUUAUCCUCAACCCAUUUUUAUUUUUUUAAUGACUGUUGUCAGGUCCGACUCUUCCUAAAAAGCCGUGUUCAAGGCAAACUAGGCGCUAAUAAAGCACAGCUGCACCGCUACCGUGGCGUCUCUCUCGCUUUUUGAUGAUGUAAUUGCUGCACAAAUUCCGAUUUGAGAGACUGGACAGUACAGACCGCCGCGACAGUCGGGAAAAAUGUGGCCCAGAUCGGAUUUGAACCACAUACGAAAGUGACCCAGAUGGGAUUUGAAAUGGUCCAGUUCUAUGCAACUUGUCACGUUCAGACCGUCAAGUUAACGCCUCACUCGAGUCGGAAAAACACGAAAAAAUCGGAUUCGUGCAUUAAGACCUGUAGUAUGAACGUAGCCUAAAUAACCUGAAAACAUUAAAAUGGUAUCUGACUGCCACUGUUACCUUUUCUGUUGGAAAAAAACAACUUUAGUAAGGGGGAAGUGUAAAAAAAUGAUAGAAUUAAGAUUUGGUAUUAAUGAAAAAAUUUUAAGUGUUUGUUGGCUGUCACUAAGUAGCAUUUGCGAUGGCUACACAAAAAUAGUAAUGUAAAUUGCUCACUCUAUAGCGCUAUGUUUUCACAGAUUAAAUAAAGCCUGUAUGUAAGACACGUUAGCCACGCAUCAACAGUAUUCAUAAUUCAUAGAAACAUAGCCCUCCGCAGGGCUAACGUUAUGUGAGCGAGUGACAGUAACGUUAAUGUUAUUAAUUAGCGCUGAGAAGUCUACACCUUUAAGAUGCCGGCUGGUUACUAACGCCGCCGAGUCUGUGGUUUCGCAUCUAGCUCUACAUACACGUGAUAUCUAUGAGACGCAUCAGACGCUACCUGCUACCACCUUAGCAUCAUGCAGGCGUCGGUUUUAGCAACGUGGGCUUAGUUUGUAGCGGCUCUUGGCCGCAGUGAGUUUUUUAGAAAAAAAUGUAUUGCUUCUUCCUCUACGCAUGUGACAUCAGCGCGUUGUCCCGCAUUAAAAGUAGUCCGGGCAAAACGCGAUGCUUAGAGCUGGCAAAAUGAAACGACUCCUCGAAGUGAAUAAAAUUACUCGGAUCAGUUUUUAAACUCGAGUUACUCGAGUAUUCGUUUCGGCUCUAGUUGUUCCACAUCUUUAGCAGUGAAUCUGGCGCCACGGACAUCAUUUUCGGACAGAAUUGGUAGGAGAAGUUGACCCGCCUAGCAACAAUUGCUAACGUCAUGAAUAAUAAUGAGCAAAAGUGACGUGUUGCUUGCGGUAUCCCAUUGGAUGUCUAUUGUUCUCAAGGGCAGGUGAUCAUUUUACUGCUUACGCAAUUUGGUGCAUUCUGUCCAAUCCAUUUGAACAGGGAGGGCUGGAUUGCCGCCACUUAUUUAAACUGGGAGGGCUAGCGAUCAUCCUUAGUGAUUGAAAAUGUGUUUUUUGGGGGGGCAAAUGGAGUGAACGGAUGCCAACUUACCUAUCUGCAAGUCGGUGACAACUGGAUUAGACUUGACACUCGUCUUGGAAAAGUCCUAAAAAAAAAAUAAAAAAAAGUGAGGCAAUUUGACAUGUUUGACAACUUUGUAUUAGGGAUGCACCCAAAUGAAAAUUCUUGGCCCAAACCAAGGGCGUAGGUUUUGUCUCAUUAUUGGUUGGGACGAUAUAACAGCAUAACCUGCAUGUACACUUUUUGCUGGGGACGGGACAUUAAUAACACCAAACGGGGGUCAGGGCUACAUUUCUGAUGAAUAGGAAUCUAAUUAAUUGAUUGGCUAAAUGAUUCAUGCAAAAUAAAUAUGUAUUGACUUGUAUUGACUUACACUAACUUUCACACUGCUGUUUAUAAUGUCUUAAUCUGAUCAUUUUUCUUAAAUCUUAUUUUCUCCAUCUUGUUUUGAGUGUAAAUAUUGUGUAUAUUUUCAUAAAAAAAAAAGUCACAAAAUAAA